UUAAUUUAGUCUACUGCAGAAAGUUUCUCUCGUGUCGUGGUUUAUCUUAUUUAUUUACUUUCUAAUAAUACUGUUAAGUUAUGUUGUACUUGUAACUAAUAAACAAUCUAUCAAAUAUUCAAAUUAAAAUGUCUGGUAGUAGCACCACUACGCCAACAGGUGUUGUUAGGAGCAGUGCUUUAUCUUUUGUUGCGUCUGCGCAGCCUCCGAUAAAUGAUAAUCCGGUGGACCCUUCCUUAGUUACGGGCCCUUCCCAAAUAAAUAAUGAACAGAUGAUCGCAGCAGAAAGGCUCGUACCAGCUGGACUGAAGGCACUUUGUGAUGCUUACUCAAGAUUAUACCCUGAACAGCCUAAUCCAUUACAAGUUACAACCAGAUUAAAAUAUUGGCUAGGAGGUCUAGAUCCUCUGGACUACAUCAGUAUGUACUGGAACCCUGGAAAGCCUGAAGAGGAUAUUCCACCCCAUUGGCACUAUGUAAGUUUUGGUCUAUCAGACCUGCAUGGAGACGGGCGUGUGCACCCUGAAGGUGGUCCAGAGUCAGGUUAUGGGUUGGAGCUGACGCUGCGGCUGGCGGCGACGGGACCUGCGCCUCUAUGGCCCGCUGCACUACUCCAAGCACUCGCAAGAUAUGUCUUUACUACAGGUAACAAGUUCUGUGCGGGCGACCACAUAUCCUGGCACGCGCCGCUCGAUGGAGACUCCGAGUCCAGAGUUCGACAUCUUCUGGUCGCUGAAGACCCUCAACUACCAGCAAUAGAUACUCCGCAUGGCACUGUUAAAUUUAUUCAGAUGGUAGGUUGUACAGGUCGGGAACUGAAGGCAGCUCAGAGAGGCUCCGGCUUUGAUAUAUUAAAACUUAUAGCUGAAGAUCCAAGAUGUGGUGGCUCCUGGCUGGUGACGCGAGCGCGCAGGGCUUCGGCCCGCAGAGUGCGGAGCGCCCGCGCGGGGACUGCGCCCGCGCUGCUCGCCGGAGUCUCCGCUAGAGUUAAAUGGCUACCAUACACACCGGAAACAGAGGAAACAACCCCUAAACUGAGCCCUUCGGUGCAGCAACAAAUAAAAGAGACAUUACAGCGAGGGUUGAACUGCAUGAGCUCUUCGGAGAGAACCGUACCUGAAGGUCAUAAUAUGUCGACAGACAGUUUUGAGAUGUCCAGUAUAGAGAGAGCUCUGCCCCAAAUACCGGAGUUAAUGCAGGGUUCAUGGCGCGGUGAUGAGAGUGUGGAGUUCUUGGAGGGAGUUCACGUGGUGAUGAACGCGGAGGGUGCCAGCCUCCUGCCUCUAGCUAUAGAUGGUCGCAUCAGUCACGGGCGUCACUUCACGUGGCGCUGCGCCCCGCGCGCCGUCACCUUCGUGUCGGGCGAAGUCUCCGGAGCGCUGCCCACCGAGCGCACGCCGUACGCACUGCGCGGGACUUGGCUACAAAUUUUGAUACCACCGGAGUUAGCUCGGGAGAUGUCAUCCCAGUUGACACCGCUGUCUCGUCUCGCGGACACCGACUCGGAGUCCGAGGAUGAGGGCGAAGCGCCCGCGCCUCCGCCCGCGCUGCCCCUCACCCUGGCCUGGACUAAAUACAACCUCAAGAUUACUAUUGUACCUGAUUGUCAAUUUGUUCCGUGAAAAAUCUAUUAAAAUUCAUAAUAAAAGAGAUUAGUACAUUUA